UGAUCUCAUGCCAUGUGUGUUUGUCCCUUGAAGAAGAAGUUAAAGCAACCCAACCCAAACCCACCUCACCUGAGAAGAUAGAUAGAUUGAUAUAUCUUUCUAUUCUCUUCUCCCCCAAAAUCAAUAAAUUCUCAAACCCUAAUUUUCAAUUUUGUUUUUCUCAACCCUAAAUGUCUCACACCUCUCAAACCCUAAUGCCUCUCGAUUCCGAAGAACCGCCUUCGUCAACCCCAAUUCCCUCUCCUCCCAAUCCAUCCCCGAAUUCUACACCCACCGCUCUUCAUAUUUCUUUCAACCAAGACUCCGGUUGCUUCGCCGUUGGAACCGAUCAAGGCUUCAGAAUCUAUAACUGCGACCCUUUUAGGGAAAUAUUCCGACGCGAUUUCGGUCAUGGAGGCGGAAUCGGUUUGGUUCAUAUGUUGUUUCGAUGCAAUAUUCUUGCUUUUGUCGGCGGGGGAGCGGACCCUCGGUAUCCGGCUGAUAGGGUGAUGAUCUGGGACGAUCAUCAGUCGCGGUGUAUUGGAGAGUUGUCGUUUCGGUCGGAGGUGAAAGGGAUUCGUUUGAGGAGGGAUAGGAUUGUGGUUGUUUUGGGGCAUAAGAUUUUUGUUUAUAAUUUCUCUGAUCUUAAGGUUCUUCAUCAAAUUGAGACUAUUGCAAACCCUAAGGGUCUCUGUGAGGUUUCACAUCAUUUGGAAAAUAUGGUGUUGGCUUGUCCUGGGUUGCAGAAAGGGCAGAUUAGGGUUGAACAUUAUGCUUCCAAGAGAACCAAGUUCAUCAUGGCGCAUGAUUCUAGAAUUGCUUGUUUUAAUAUAACCCAAGAUGGGCUUUUACUUGCUACUGCAAGCUCCAAGGGGACUCUCAUUAGGAUUUUCAAUACCUUGGAUGGUUCUUUGCUCCAAGAGGUAAGGAGAGGUGCUGACCGAGCUGAGAUAUAUAGCCUUGCCUUUUCUCCCACUGCUCAGUGGUUAGCUGUCUCGAGUGACAAGGGAACUGUUCAUGUAUUCAACCUGAAGGUUGAUUCAGGAUUGUUGGGGCACGAAAGAUCACAUUCUACAUCAGAGUCUAGUCCUACUAGUCCAUCGGCAGCUUUGUCUCUCUCAUUUAUUAGAGGUGUAUUGCCCAAGUAUUUUAGCUCGGAAUGGUCCGUGGCUCAAUUUCGCUUGCAAGAGGGUUUACAGUAUAAUGUUGCCUUUGGCCAUCAGAAAAAUACAGUUGUAAUACUCGGCAUGGAUGGCAGCUUCUAUCGAUGUCAGUUUGAUUCUGCAACCGGUGGGGAGAUGACACAACUUGAAUAUUACAAUUUCCUAAAGCCAGAAGAGACAUUCUAGUUUAUGAUUGCAUGAUUCUGUAUAUAUCUUUGUUGGCACUUGCUGUGAAUACCAUUUCCAUUUCUAUUCCCUGCCUUAUUUAUAAUAACUUUAUUGUAAAUAGAGGUUAUGUGCAAAGCCACCAAUGUCAUCCAAUUCCCUCUGUUGCCGUGUACAGUAUAUGUUUAAGCUCAGUUAUGUCAAUCCAAAUUAUUGCCCCCA